AUGUUUUUAUUUCUAGAGCUCUUUCUUUCCCUCAUUUUUGUGCACUCGUCACUUCUCUCUCUCUUAACAUUCAAUUCGGACGUCGAGCUCUUUUUACUCUCCCAAGUCUCCUUGCGGCGAUAUAUGCUCUUUUGGUGGUGGUUCUCGUCCUCGUCUCCCUCGGUCGUUGUCGUUUCAAAGAAGACCAACGCGAAGAAAAAAGAAGGAGAAGUGUCGUCGCUUUCCGAUUCGAUUUCCAAUAACGAACAACAACGACGACAAGAAGAAGAAGAAGAAGAAGAACAAACGACAAAGACGAAAAGAGAAGGCUUCCGGUUCAUCCAAUCCUUCAUAGAAGCAGAUAAGGACGACGACAAAAAAAAGUAUUACCAGGUGUCGUAUCCAAACCUCGCCAUCUCUGCCGCACUCGUGACUGUUUUCUCCUCCGUGUUUACCGCGUCUGUCGUGCACUGGAAAAACAGAAAACACAAGUUAGAACGAGAUUUACCAAUAGGAGUACACGCGAAAGCAUCGAUUCAAGGGUUAAAAGCGUUAGCAGUGGCGACGGGAUUUAGUUUAAGUUUAGUGUCGGUUUUAUUCGCAUCGACGAAUUAUAUAGGCCUUUGGGAAAAGGAACACGUUGGGAGGCGGAUCGAAAGCGCGUUGCGAAGCGUUCCGGGCGGGGAGGUGUUUAAAGGACCAUCGGGGAGGACGAAGAGCUGA